AUGAAGUUCGGCCAUUUAUUCAAGCAAACUCUCCGGGAUGAGGGCUUCCCGCCAGAGUGGGUCGAUUCCGCCAUCUCUUACUCGCAGCUCAAGAAGUGCAUCAAGAGGCUUACCGACGAACUGCAGCAAGUGGGCCUUGACCCUGCUACGUUGUCCAAGUUGUUGAAACAUGUCGAGGAUUACAACGCUUCUACACAGGAGGAUGACGACCAAGAAAGACCAUUCGAAUACAUCCUCAACCCCGACAGUUCCAAGGACAAUGCCUCGUCGUCGCGGAAAGCUUUCCAUCCUAAGCUACUCUUCUACGUAAACGAGACAAGUGGAGAGGUAUUAAGCGCCCAGCUGGACGAUGAGACCAGACGCAAACUUCAGAUGCUGGCCGUUGAGACUGGCAUGUCUGAUAUGCGCGUCUUGGACGAUUCGGACUCGCCACUACAAUCCGUCGACUCCGUAGAUCCCUCCAAUUCCAUAACUACCACCCCCAAAAAUGUAUCUCGCAACAACCGACCAGGUUACCGUACAGUGGAGGUUCCCAUCACCUCGGACACGGAAUUCUUCACUAGACUUACCAGUGAAGUUACAGGAUUGGAGAAACUGCAAGAGCGGGAGCAGAAGCGAAUGAAUGUCCAGAUUGAAGCACUGGGGAAACAAGUUGCAAAGUUGACCAACCCAGAUCGAAGAGCCAAUAGGAAGAUGCUCACUGCGUGGCGCCAGAUCUUCCAGAUAUAUGUUGAGGAGGGCAUCUUUUUUGGCACAACAGAAAUUGACCAUAAAUCGCAUGAUUCAGAAAAGGCAAUGGCACGACUGGCUGGAUUCUCCAACAAGAUUGCCAAGGCCGGUUUGGUGGAACAGUUGAAGAAGAAGGAAAACUUGCAAGCGCUGAACACGUUCAUGCACAUCAACCGAGAGAUUCUCCAAGGUUUGCGAUUUGGCGAAAUCAACCACAAUGCCAUGAUCAAGAUUCUUAAAAAAUUCGACAAACGCACAGCUCUAGGCGUAAAAUCCACAUUCCCCCGUCAAGUAGAAUACCCAGAGUUCUCCGAACACCUCGCCAAAGCCGUCUGCGCAGAAGUAAACACACAGAUCCUCUCGCACAUUCCGCAAAUAGACGACUACUCGUGUCCCAUGUGCAUGGAGAUUCAAUGGCGGCCGGUAAAACUGAGCUGCAACCAUACUUUCUGCAUCAGGUGCUUGAUCGUCAUGCAGAACAACAAGCAGUACAACUGUCCUUUCUGCCGCGAGAAGACUGUUUUUGAUGCCAAUUCAGAUAAUCUGGAUACCGAACAAGCCGCCUUCCUCAAGAAGUGGUUUCCGGAAGAGGUCAAGAACAAGCAGCGAUACAACCAGCUGAUGGCAGGCGUGGAUCAGUAUGGAGAGGUGUAUGCGACUGAAAAGUGCGUUGUCAUGUAA